AUGCGGUAUUUGGCAGACAACGUCACGACGUUUCCGACUUGGAUCUGGACUUGGAUCGUGACUGUGGCUUAUUGCUCGCGUUUGACGACGACCACGUCGUCAUCGUCGCUGCUGUCGUCGUCGUCGCCAUCAGCCAACGAUUUUUCCUCCUCCUGCGCCUGCGCUAUUGUCCUCACCUCCUCACCUUCCCUCAACCCGAACUUGUAUAUGCCGACAACAGUGACGGCCCAUACGUGGAUCAUGAACAACGGUUGA